AAAUCUUUAUCCAUGUAAAAUCUUUACAUGCAGUAACGAUUCAGAAGGCUUACCAAACACAAGUUACGUAAUAUAUUUCAGUUCUUCGUUGAAAAAUAAACAAAUAACAUUUAUUAAAUAGAUAAAUACAAAAUAAUACAAAAAUACAUACAUACAUAAAUAAAUAUAUGAAUAAAUAAUAGGACUUUGGUUAAGAACAAAAAUGUUAUUUAUUCAGCAAUUCAUGGUUCGGCCUGUAUCAUCGAUUACGAUUACAAGAUGUGGCAUAUUUUCACGGCAUCGUGCACCGCUCUUCGCGACAGGAGGAAGAUCGUCUGGAACACACAAAUGAUCUGAAAGGCGCGCGCACCGUUGACAUGGUAACGGUGGUAACGAUUGCAAAAGACAACAACCUCAGGGUGUGGGAUCGAUCCCGGGACAAAAAGAGGACCACAGAUCGGCAGGCCAAAUCGAGACGUGUUUCACUGGACCACCAGGAUGCGUUGUUCGUGACCGGCAGUGCGGGAGAGGACUCGCCGAACAUAGUCGGCGUGUAUGAUGUCGGCAGACUGGAAUACCGCGCCAUCCGAGAACUUAAGGCGGCCUGCAAUGCAAACACGAGGUUUUACGAAGCAGACAACAGAUCAGUGGUCAUGGAAAUUUACGAUAAGUUUUACUUGUUUGACCUUGAAAAAAUGGACGUCAGCAUCGUGUUUCUGGGUCGAGUAGUCGAUACACGAGUGUUUAUCUUGACCAAACGGAAGCAACUCCUCGUGACGUCACGUUUUGUCACGUUUUGGCAAGAACGUGAAACUGUACAACAUCACAAACGGCUGCAUUGACGACAUAAUAAAAACUGGGCACAAGAAGGAGAUCUACCAAGCUGUGGUGAACGAUCCGGGAAGGCUUGCUGCAGUGACGGUAGUUUUUGGACCUGUAGUGUUGAUGGAUCUUGUCACUCACUCUCGCAUGUAUGAGAUCUCAAACAGUACGUUCAGGAGAUGCGAAAGUAUCUUUACCUCUCAGAAUUAAACAUACGUUGGAAUUUCGCGGCAUAUAUCGUACAAUAUAUUUUAAU